AGAGAGCUGAGAGCCCACGUUCAAGUCCAAAAGCUGGUUUAUUUGCUCCCUUGUGCGCAGGAGAUUGAGCGAGUUUUCCCGUUGGCGCACGAGACUGGAGUGUGAGUGGAGAGGGGUGAUGUGCUGAGGUCCCAAAGUUGGGCUGGGUGGAAAAGGCCUUCAUGUGCAAAUGCCCGCCGUCAUAUCUUGCUGUCGCUUUUCACUAGGUUCAACCAAGGUGAUAAGUUCAUGUUUGCAAGUGUUUGCUGCCUCAUGUUCUUACGGCUCUGAAAGGCCUAGCACUGGCAGACAGAAUGCACUUAGGGUUCCAUGUUUUUUCACCUAAAUCCAAAGUUGCGCCAAAUCACGUUGUCAAACAUACCAGGGUCGUCGACAUUGUUUUUGUUUGCAGCUCUCAGAUGGCCCAUAAUGGGCCACGGGCGAUUGUGGCAGCAAACCACGCAUCGUCGCUGAAGCUGCCAAGUGCAGACGAAGAGGCAGAACACGCAGAAGAAGAUGAUGGAAUGACGACCUUUUUGAACAGACCCAUCAACGAUGAACUAGUGCUCUGGAGCCUCGAGGACAAGCAGUAUAUUGGUCUGGUUGGAUUGACCACGCGCAUGGAAAGAGUUUCUCGUUUUGUUGCGUGCCAGCAUGGUUGGACGGACUGCGUGCCUUGCGAAUGGUGUGCGCCUGGGUUGACCCCUGGGGCGCCGCCUGAGUUCGAGGAGCGCGCAACGUGGACAGUUCUAGACCCGUUUGCUUUGCCUGCAUGGUGCGGCCAUUCCUUCAAGACACAUUGGCAGAGGCUACGGCGCUCGAAGCUGGAAGAAAAUCACGACGAAGACAGGCCUACUUCAUGCCUACCAUUUCCAAACCUGAAAAGUUUGAUCAAUUUUAUCUAUGAUCCUGACUCGGGUAGACGAAGCGACUUGAGAAAUAUUCGGCGAAGGUUUCUCUUGCAGGCGGAUGUUGCUCAAAAGCUUGUGACUGGCUACGAGCGUGUUCCAAGCCAGCAAAGACUUCUUUUCCAAUGCGUUCAAGGGGGUGAAGGGGUAGUUGUGGAUAUUGGAAGCGAAGAAUGUCCAAAUCAUGGAGGGGAGAUCGACGUGUUUUUCCAUUACACGUCGGCGGACCGGUUUUGGAAUUUCAUUCGAAACUCUGACUUCAGGUCCGUGGUCUCCAAGGAAGGUUGGUAUGGUGAAGGCACGUACUUGACAAGAAAGGAGCCAGCUGAAUUUGUUUCCAAGAAACACAUCUCGUGGAACAAUUGGGCUGCCCCGGCAGAGACGGUGGUUUUGGAUCCCAACGCAGAUUCCUUGUUGGAGAGCGGUAAGGUUGAUUAUGCUUUGACAUUUGUCGUGACCAGAUUGGGGGCAGAGGGUGUCAUAAGAAGGAUCAGCUUGGAUGAGAAAGCGCCUGCUGGCGUUGGACCACGAAUCGCCCAAGAGAGGCCACUGAGCGAACUUCACAGACCUGAUGUUGUGUCGAGAAACCAGGAUGAGACUUCAGAUCAAUGGCUGCUUCCAUCACAAUUGCGCUAAUUUUGUUUUUUGACUCUUAAGCGAAUCGCGCUCCCGAAAGGGACCAGGACCUCGUCUUUGAGUUUCGACCGUUGAGUGCAAGAGUACCAAAGGUGCUCGAGUUAAAACCACUUCGAAGAUUCAUAAAAAUAUGACUGCAAGACGACUGCAGACGUUUUUGUCCCACAUCUUUGUGUGGGUUCUUUCAUGACCGGGUCACAUACAUGCACAAUUGCGCC